AUGGCUCAAUGCAUUUUCUCUCAGGUCCCAGUUGGGGUCCCUAUCAGUAGCGAUUCAUCCUUCCGGAGAUCAGUACUUAAGACAAAUAAUGUGACUUUUCAUGAUAAAUCAUGGACUUCUGGCAUACCUUUUAACUUGAGAAGUGAAAAUGCACGAUCGAGAAGUCGAUUUGUGGUUUGCAUGUCAGUACAGCAAGCCAGUAAACCUAAGGUUGCUGUUUCACCCGUAACACUAGAAGAUGCGAAAGAGCCUCCACUACACUUGUACAAAAACAAGGAACCAUAUACAGCGACCAUUGUGUCUGUUGAAAGGCUUGUUGGUCCAAUGGCUCCUGGAGAGACAUGUCAUAUUGUCAUUGAUCAUGGUGGCAAUGUUCCUUAUUGGGAAGGACAGAGUUAUGGGAUCAUUCCUCCUGGUGAGAACCCUAAAAAGCCUGGUAGUCCCCAGAAUGUUCGUCUAUAUUCAAUCGCAUCUUCCAGGUAUGGCGACAAUUUUGAUGGUAAGACAGCGAGUUUGUGUGUCCGACGCGCUGUCUAUUAUGAUCCUGAGACAGGAAAAGAAGACCCCUCAAAAAAUGGAGUAUGCAGCAACUUUUUAUGUGAUUCAAAGCCUGGAGACAAAAUUCAGCUCACAGGGCCUUCUGGCAAGAUAAUGCUUCUGCCUGAGGAUGAUCCAAAUGCCACCCACAUUAUGAUUGCCACUGGUACUGGUGUGGCUCCCUACAGAGGGUAUCUUCGCCGUAUGUUCAUGGAGGACGUUCCCACAUUCAAAUUCGGGGGCCUCGCUUGGCUUUUCCUUGGGGUUGCUAACAGUGACAGCCUUCUUUACGACGACGAGUUCUCCAAGUAUCUUCAGGACUACCCGGAUCAUUUCCGAUAUGACUGUGCUCUUAGUCGAGAACAGAGGAACAAAAGUGGAGGCAAGAUGUAUGUUCAGGAUAAGAUUGAAGAGUACAGUGACGAGAUCUUUAAACUUCUGGAUGGCGGAGCACACAUUUAUUUUUGUGGGCUUAAAGGGAUGAUGCCGGGAAUUCAGGAAACGCUCAAGAGGGUUUCAGAGGAGAGGGGGGAGAGCUGGGACGAGAAACUCUCUCAACUGAAAAAGAACAAACAGUGGCACGUCGAAGUCUAUUGA